CGCCACUGGGGGCGGAUCCCAGACUUCCCGCUUCGCUGAGGUGGCGGCGUGACGAAAUUGACGCAGGGGGUCGGGAUGGGGAGGGGUGGAGGAAGCAGCGCGUGGCGCGCUACGUAGGGGUGGCUCUGCCGGGACCGCGAGCUGGUGUUUACGAGGUGACUAACUGGUUCUAUCGGAGCACGGUGCCGCAUUCUGAGGGGAGCGCUCACGAGGGGGAGGAUGCUGGUGGUGGAGGUGGCGAACGGCCGCUCCCUGGUAUGGGGAGCCGAGGCGGUGCAGGCACUGCGGGAGCGUCUGGGAGUGGGGGGCCGCACGGUGGGCGCCCUGCCCCGCGGGCCCCGCCAGAACUCGCGCCUGGGCCUCCCGCUGCUGCUGAUGCCCGAAGAGGCGCGGCUUCUGGCCGAGAUCGGCGCCGUGACCCUGGUCAGCGCCCCGCGCCCAGAUCCGCGCCAACACAGCCUGGCUGUGGCAUCCUACAAACGCCAGCAGGAGCAGGGCUUCCAGGAGCAAAGCGCCCUGGCAGCCGAGGCCCGUGAGACUCGUCGUCAGGAGCUCCUAGAGAAGAUUGCGGAGGGCCAGGCUGCGAAGAAGCAGAAGCUGGAGCAGGAAUCAGGGGCCAGCGAGAGCCAGGAGGCCGGUGCGAACCCGGCUGCCGCAGAGAGUGAGGCCAGCGCUAGCCAGGCUCUUCGAGAGCCCGAGGAAGCAGGUUCCUCUUCUCCCCAGCCAGGGCCUUCAAAUGGGGUGGCCCCUUUGCCCAGGUCAGCCCUGCUGGUCCAGCUGGCCACUGCUAGGCCUCGACCCAUCAAGGCUAGGCCCCUGGAUUGGCGUGUCCAGUCCAAAGACUGGCCCCAUGCUGGUCGUCCUGCCCAUGAGCUUCGCUACAGCAUCUACAGAGACCUGUGGGAGCGAGGCUUCUUCCUCAGUGCUGCUGGCAAGUUCGGGGGUGACUUCCUGGUCUAUCCUGGUGACCCCCUUCGUUUCCACGCCCACUACAUUGCUCAGUGCUGGGCUCCGGGGGACCCCAUUCCACUGCAGGAUCUGGUUUCUGCGGGCCGCCUGGGAACCAGCGUCAGAAAGACGCUGCUGCUGUGUUCUCCUCAGCCUGACGGGAAGGUGGUCUAUACCUCCUUGCAGUGGACCAGCCUGCAGUGACUCCAGAGACCCGUGCGGAUGUGGCUGCCUCUGUGGACAGAGCCUUUCUAGAUGGCCCCAAGCUCGUCUCUGCAUACGGGAUGCUGCAGACCCUCCUGCCUCUCUCUGCGGUUAGGUUUUGACUCCGGAUUUAUAAACACUACAUCCUUAUUUCUCUCCCUGUUUCAAAGCACUUACUGGCUGUGAUGUUUUUGUAGUUACCUGUUUCCAAAUUGUGAGCUUCUUGAGGGUAAAGCCUGGGUUUGAUUCAUCUCCAGUUUCUACAGGGCUUAGGCCUCAAGAGGUCUCAGUAAACUUGUUGAAUAAACGUGGAGUCUGUGAUUUGAAUCCUGAUGACAA